AUGACCGUGAAGAUUUUACGCAUUCGAGAAGCUUUGUAUAUAUUUACAACCAUUGUUUUGGUUUUGAAACAUAGGUGGAGUUUUGGAAUUGUACUUUACGAGAUCUUUACCAUAGGUGGCUCGCCUUACCCGCUAAUGGAUGUCAGAAAAAUGGCAGAUAUCCUUAAUCGUGGCUACAGGAUGCCUAAACCAAGCCAUGUGGAUGAGACUCUUUACAAGAUUAUGCAAGACUGCUGGCGAGAAGAUCCUGAUGAUCGUCCAACGUUUGAAAAUCUUAGAGACGAAUUGAAGGAAAUGGAGAACCAGCACCAGAGGUUCAUCAACUUGAAAGAUUAUGACAAGAAACUCUAUGAGAAUGUGGAAGAUUUGAUGUUCUAGAUCAUAGAGAUGUGCAUCGUGUUAUCGUUUGCAUAUUCUGACAGCAAGAGUAUGAUGCAAAAUUGAUUUUUUAGAUAGUACUAGUUUCAUGUAGCCAGUAAAUAGUAUAAUUAAGUAGAAGAUGCAUGAUAUUUGAACGUAUUUUUCUAAACUUUGUUAGAUUAAGAAACAAUGAACAAAUUAAGAAUGAGCAUUCCUUCCUCUUCUAUACCAUCAAAGGGGAAGGGCAGUAUGAUAUUAGAGUGGUUUAGCUGUAUGCUUCCUUCAAGAAGCACGCGAGUUAGAUUUGUAUCCUGUUUUGAACCGGGCGUAUAUCCAUAGACUUUUUGUGGGAACAACAAAAUCAACCACCAUGCAGAAAUGGCCAAUGCCUUCUCAGCGUUGGUGUGCUAAAACGGUCUAAUCUGUCUGCUAACUUGAUCUGUCUGUAGUGUUUCUUAGUCGUAUAUGUAUGUUCUAGACUCGCAAUUUUGACGUGGUCGUAAAAGCACUGCACUUCGCUCAAGCAUCGGUGUUCUAACCAUUCUCAGAAGAAA